AUGUCUCAAAGCCAAAGCACAAGCGCAACCCCCAGCGCAACCUCCAGCGCCGCAACAAGCACAACCGUUAGCCGCGUGACCUCGCUCGACCAAAAGCACCCCUCCGACGCGGCCGCCAACCCCAUGAGCAAGAAGUCGCACUUCGCCAAGCUGAAGAAGCGCCUUGCGGCUGUCAAGAAGGAAUGGGGCCCUGGUCUUGCGGCCAAGGAGUCCUGGGACGACGAGUAUAACUUCCCUGCUGGGCGCUGGGCUGGACAGGGGUUGGAUCCUAGCUGGUGGCGCACUGCGCCGGGGUCUGCUUAG